AUGUCAGAAUCUCCUUCUAAGAAGAUGAAACCCACUGAAGUUUUGCCUGAAGAUAUGGUUGAGCAUAUACUAUCAACCUUCCUUCCCAUUCAGUCAUUUUUACGAAGCCGCAUGGUGUCCAAAAGAUUCAGGAAGACACAUAUUCGAUGCAGAGACCUUGAUUUCAGCGGAAUAUAUUCUGUGAGGCGCAACCAAUUAGAAGCUGUGCACAUCGUUGAAAGCGUUUUUAAUCAGCACAAGGGAUCAGAGAUCAACCGAUUUGUUAUGACUCUCAAUCAUAUCGGCGUGGAGGAUAAGAUACUUUCGUGGAUCAAUACGUGUCUAGGUAAAAACAUCCAAGAACUUGAGUUAGAUUUCUCAAAAUCUAAGAAAGUCAUAGAGAUACCGGUCAAUUUCUCAGCUAUCGAGACACUCACCGUCUUGAAGUUGUGGUGCUGUAAAUUCCAAAUACCGGAUAAUUCUCUAAAGGGUCUAAAGCUGUUGAAGACACUUUCUCUAAUGCGGGCCGAGGUAACAAAAGAUAUGAUAGAUGCAAUAUUCAACAACUGCAUCUACCUUGAGACGCUUGAACUAAUCAAAUGCCGAAUGAGCGAGGUAUUGAGCAUCAAUGCUAGGAAUCAUAAGAAGUUCAAAUCGCUGGUCGUGUAUUCUAUGCCGAAGGUCUUGGAAAUUGUUUUGGAUGCACCUACUCUUGAAUGCUACAACUAUGAUGGACAUGUCAGGAUGAUCGACUUUUCAAGUGUAAAUGCACUAAAAGAGGCAAAGCUCCUAUACUAUAAUCGGAGAUACAAUUGGCGUAAGUCAUAUAACAUGGUGAUUGCUAACUUGGAACCCUAUACUGGAGUUCAUGUCCUCGCAACAACAAACAUCUUUCUUGAGGUAAUUUUUUAUUUAGUUUAUAAAAUAUCUAUAUAUUUUGCGGGUUUAUUGACAUAUAUAUUUGGAUUUUAUGGUAUCCUUUUGAAAUAA